GGCAGUUUCAGCUUACUCGCGAACCGGAUUUAGCUGGAAGUCAGCUAAAUUGGCAUUGCCAAUACGAGCAGCAGCAGCAACAACAACCACAUUAAGUGGGAGAUAUAAUCUUUACCGAUUUCAAUUUGCAGUGUCUAUCUCGUCGUCGUGUACUAAAAACGCCUUGUAGGCCAGGCCAAUACCAACAACAAGUGCAACAAGUGAAAGCGAUUACAACAAAUAAACAUGCCACCCGUGCAAGUCCAGGCCGUCAAUAUGUCGCUGGGUGCAAUGCAUUGUACGCGUUGCGCCGAUGGUUUCGAACCCACCGAGAAGAUUGUCAACUCUAAUGGAGAACUCUGGCACACGCAGUGCUUUGUCUGUGCCCAAUGCUUCCGACCAUUCGAGGAUGGCAUCUUCUAUGAGUUCGAGGGACGUAAAUAUUGUGAACGUGAUUUCCACGUGCUGUUUGCUCCGUGCUGCAAUAAGUGUGGUGAAUUUGUUAUUGGACGCGUCAUUAAGGCCAUGUCAGCCAGUUGGCAUCCACAAUGUUUCCGCUGUCAAUUGUGUGCCAAAGAGCUUGCGGAUUGCGGAUUCAUUAAGAAUCAGAAUCGUGCUCUAUGCCACGAAUGCAAUGCCAAGGUUAAGGCAGAGAUAACCGGAAGAUAUAUGUGUCAGAAAUGCCAUGGCCUCAUCGAUGAAGAACCUUUGCGUUUUCGCGGAGAAGUCUAUCAUGGUUAUCAUUUUAAUUGCACAGCCUGCGGCACUGAAUUGGAUUCCACUGCGCGUGAGGUCAAGAGUCGUCCUGGCUUAGCAGCCAAUGAUAUGAAUGAAUUGUAUUGCUUGCGCUGUCACGAUAAAAUGGGAAUUCCCAUUUGUGGCGCCUGUCGACGACCCAUUGAGGAGCGUGUGGUCACUGCCUUGGGCAAGCACUGGCAUGUCGAGCAUUUUGUGUGUGCCAAAUGCGAGAAACCAUUUCUGGGUCAUCGGCAUUAUGAAAAGCGUGGUCUGGCCUACUGUGAGACGCAUUAUCAUCAAUUGUUUGGCAAUUUGUGCUUUGUCUGCAAUCAGGUGAUUGGAGGAGAUGUUUUCACUGCUUUAAAUAAGGCCUGGUGUGUCCAUCACUUUGCCUGCUCGGUGUGUGAUACAAAGAUGACUCAGAAAUCGAAAUUCUAUGAAUAUGAUGAGAAACCUGUAUGCAAGAAAUGCUAUGAACGCUUCCCCAAUGAGUUGAGGCGUCGUUUGCGCACUGCCCACGAAAUGACAAUGAAGAAGAAUGUCUAGUUUGAAGCUCUAUGCCAAUUUGAGACCAAAACACAGUGCCUUUUUGUCUAUUAACUAAAUACAUACUAAAAAAUGCCUUUCUCCCGCUCUCACAUAAUUAAUUGUAUGUGUAUGUGUAUCUAAUCCAGCUAAGCAACAACAAAACAAAUCAGAUAUGUAUUAACAGCUUUUAAUGUUGUUAUUUAAUUUGAACUUUUUAUUUAUAUACAUAUAUUAUAUAUGAAUGUUUUUUGUAAUAUGAAUUUAAAUAUAUUAUUCUUUCCAUAUAUGGAAAUAAUAAGAAGGCAUUUGAGUGUUAACUUAUUAGCUACAAAUUUGAAUUAAACCAAACCAGGUCAAAUGGUAUCGGAAUGAUUGUCUGGAAUUUAUAAAACUUUGACACUCUUGACAAAUAAUUAAACAAAAAAUGUAAACGAAUAGUUUUAUGAUAAUUAUGGAUCAAUUAAUUUAGCCAGACAGCGAAGAGAAUAUUUAUAUACUAAAGCGCAAGAUGAACGCGUUCAAGCAAAGAAAAAGCAUCAAGAAAGCACUGAAAAUAAUAUAAAAAUUAAUAAGCCUGUCAAUUAUGCACAUAUAACCAAAGGCUUCACUGUGGACAAUUCGCUGAAGUAUGUCAUUAAAGGUGGAGAAAACGCAGCUGUUAAUGAUGACUAUAUCUACGCUGGUUGUGAAGACCCAAAAAUCAUGUUAACCACAUCGCACGAUGCCUCGUCGCGAAUGAAAAUUUUUAUGAAAGAACUUCGCCUGAUUUUACCCAACACCCAGCAGAUGAACAGAGGCAAAUACAAGAUGAGAAUGAAUGAAGAAUGCAUGAGACCGUGAUGCAUGCAUUAUAAUUGUACAUGGACACCGUGGUGUACCGGAUGGCCUCGUUGUUUGUCACCUUCCUUAUGGUCCUACUGCAUUUUUCAAUAUAUCUGAUGUUGUGAUGCGGCAUGAUAUUCCUGAUAUUGGUAAAAUGGGCGAGCAAAAGGCUCAUUUAAUAUUUCGACGCCAUAAAUAUAAAUACGUAAAUUGAGAAUUGGAGCUUAAAGAAGUUGGACCGAGAUUUUAAUUGAAGCUAUAUCAAAUUAAACUGAGUACAUUGGAGAAUAUUAAAGCAGCCGAUUCCGAAUGGGUUAAUCGUCCAUAUUUAAAUUCAUCUGUAAAAAACAAAAUAUUUUCUAACGAUUCUGGCAUUCCAAAUAAGAAGUCGACGGAUUAAAAUAAAUUCUAAUAGAAUA